GGACGCGGCUACUCGUGCUGUGAAAUGUGAAAUAACAAACGUUAAAAUGAGGUCCGUAGGUUUAGGGGCAAUGUUUUACAACACUCUCUUCCUUGGUAGUGUGAACAUGAAGUAUUUGGUACUGUUCAGUUUGUUUGUGAUGAACCUGGUGGAUCAACCGGCGCCAGAAGUGAGUCUGGCGCAGGGAGUGGUCGGCGGCAAAAUAAGCACGGACGGCACCGUGAUGCAGUAUAUUGGAAUACCUUAUGCCACUAUUGAAAAGAGGUUUCAGGCUCCCGGCCCCCCACCGCGAUGGAAGGGUGUAUACAAAGCCGUAAACGACAUCUACAUGUGCCCACAAGUUUCAUCCUUUGGGGUCAUAGGAACCGAGGACUGCUUGAAAAUAAAUGUAUACGUUCCAGCUCAUGCCGAGCGACCUUUGAAAGUGAUGGUCUGGGUACACGGGGGAGCCUUCAAGCUAGGCAGUGGGGGGAACCUGCUGUACGGACCAAAGUUCCUGGUAAAUAAGGACGUUAUACUAGUAACGUUCAACUACAGACUCGGUGCGCUAGGGUUCACCUGUCUCGGAAUAAAGGAGGCACCGGGCAACGCUGGACUAAAGGACCAAGUGGCAGCGCUUAAUUGGGUAAAAGAUAAUAUAGCAGCCUUCGGCGGGGAUCCUGACGAUGUGACAGUAUUCGGUGAAAGUGCUGGAGGUACGUCCACGUCUUUGUUAGUAGCCAGUGAAGCUACCAAAGGGCUGUUCAAGAGAGCCAUAGUUCAGAGUGGAUCGUCGAUCGCUAACUGGGCGGUAAACAGAAAGCCAGUGUGGGUAGCUAGUCUCUUAGCCAAAGAAAUAGGAUAUGAUACAGAAGAUCCCGAAGAAUUGUACAAAAUAUUUUCUGAAAUGCAUUACAAGGACCUAACUGCCCUAACAGCGACGAAGCCUUUGGAUAUAUUUUUCGAGACUCAACUGUUCCACUUGCCGUGUGUGGAAGAAAAUAUUCCCGGGGUGGAACCGUUUCUAACUGACUUGCCAUAUAACCUAAUAACUAAAAACCCCAAAGAUAUACCCCUGUUGUACGGGACGACGAGCAACGAAGGUCUGUUUUUGAUAGCCGCAGAAACGACGGAGGAUUCACUGAAACAAAGGAAUGGUAGAUAUCUGUUCGCAUCAGAUUUAUCCUUUCCGUCGCCUGACGAGGCGAUGGCGGUGUCUACAAAAGUUAAAGAGUUUUAUUUUGAGGACAAGAAAAUUGGAUUGGAAACUAUUUUGAACGUAUCUGAUCUGUACACGCACGUCUUUUUCGAGAUGCCCGUGAUACUGGAGACUGAACUCUACACCCAAAGGAUCAAGUCACCGGUAUACAAUUAUAUUUUCGAUUAUUCCGGUGGAAGAAACUUCAUGAAGAAGUUCAGUGGGUAUGCUGAUCAGCCUGGAGCCUGCCAUGGCGAUGAUAUGGCAUACUUAUUCGACGGCUACCUUUUGCCAUUCAAAAUUAACAGUGAGGACGCAAAAAUAAUCGACUACAUGACCACUAUGUGGACCAAUUUCGCCAAAUUUGGCAAUCCGACUCCAGAGGAUCUGCCGGUGCGGUGGGCGCCGAGCACCAAAAAUAACCUGACAUUCCUGUACAUAGACCGAGACCUGCGGACCGCCGACAUGCCUAGUCCGAGCGCCUACCGCCUGUGGAGAGACAUCUAUCACCAGUACAGAGACACUAACGUUACAUAGCACGUGUGAUAAUACGUCUUAAAGACCAGUUAAAUUGCGUGGGACUUAAGUCACAAACUUUUUUGUUGUGUGAUGUGGAAAAAGAUUCCUAAUAAUUAUUAUUAAGGUAGUG